CUGUCAAUUGUCAAUCUUUUAACUGUCAAAUACUGUCAAUCACGAAUUCUUACGACUGGACUUCUGCCCGUGUAAUAAAUUUCGAUUGUCUUAUUAUUUUUCUCUCCAUACCCAGAUGGACUAAACUACAUAAAUAAAAUAAACAAGCAGUACCUACUCCACCACGUCUAUUGUUUCUGCUAUCUGGACGACACCGCUACAAUGCAGUUCACCUCCGAUGAAGCUUAUGCGCGGCUUAUAAGCCACCACAUGACUGUGCCUCAAAGGAUUAAGGCUACUGGUGACAUAGUGGAUGAAGACAGCGCUCCUAAUGGAAUAGUGUCUGGCUGGGAUUAUGCUAACGAAAAGUUUGACAUGAAAGUACCUGAGAGAAUCCUUGUUGUUGGACAAGAUCAACAUGUUGGGACAAAAGCACCUCCUCGCGAAAUCCAACUUGACAAUGCAGUGCUGCCAACAGACCCUGGUAUGAUUCGGGUCAGUACACCGCCUCGCGUGAUUACUCUUGAUCAGCACUACUUCCCAUCUGCUGAUGAUUUCCCACAAGGGAUGCCUGCUAACUCUCCGCCAAGAAAUUCAAGAAACUACCGGUCUCAAGGCGAUGGUGCACGCUCUACCACACCUCGUCCUGAUAACUUCAACGAAUCUACUAUGACUGAAUCGCGCUUGGUUCUGAGAGACCCAACCCCGCCAAUGGGUAAUGGUGAAGGUUUGUCUACUUCUGAAGAGUUAGUACAUCUGCGACGUCAGAUUGUGAAAUUGAAUCGUCGUGUGAUGUCGAUAGAGGCAGAGCAACUGCAACGGCAACAGAAAGAAAAGAUUGCGUAUGCUUUUGGUAUAGCCUACUUGUUGUUCAAAGUUAUUGCUUGGCUGAACAGAUCCUAAUCAGCAUUAGGAACAGCAACAUUAAAAUGUAAGAUGAAGUCCUACCCAUGUAUUGUUGACGUUAUGAAAUUUGAAUCACUGGAUUGUUCAUUUUAAGGGACAUAAUAUGUAGAAAUGUCACUUUCUGGUUGUAGUAAAGGUGGAAGUGUUAUUGUUCAUCAAAGAUUAUUAUUUCUUAGCAUUUAGGUAACACUUUUUAUAUGAUAUGUUGAAUGUUGUACAUUUCUGCGAUGUGUACAGUGAAUUCUCACAUGGUAUUGAUAACUUUUCAUGCAUUCGUCUUCUUUUAAUGAAUUGUUGAGAAGUUACAGGACCCUUCCCUUUAGUGUAUAGAUGUAUGAACUGGGUCAUUUUUUAUUUGAAUAAACGAUACGAGUUCACAAAUA